AUGGUGCGCUCACCUUCGACACGACGGGUUUACUUCAUUCAGUAUCGGAAAGAGACUCGUCGGGUUUGACAGCCAACCUUCAGUGCGAUAACUUGUCAUUUUGGAUCAGUUCUGUGAAUUAGAUUCGCCAUUGACUAUCAGACCGCGCAAACAUGGAAAUCUGUAUGUCAGCAAGCUGCAACGCGGCGUUGUCGCCACUGCCAACUAGCCUCUUCUCGCAGUUGGUCAACGUGCUCUUGCUCUCGCAAUGCGCUUUGGAUCGGAGCGCGGAUUAUCCGCCGGAUCGCACGGCAGAUAUUCUAUUGAAAAAAGAUUUCGAUUUUGUGAUUGUUGGGGGUGGGACUGCGGGCUCUGUGGUAGCCCGACGACUAGCAGAGGUAGACGACUGGGAUGUUCUCUUGAUCGAGGCUGGGAAGGAUGCUAGUCCCACCAGUGAAGUCCCAGGAUUUCUGAUGACUCUACCCAACACUGCUGAAGACUAUGCUUAUAAGACAGAGCCGCAGCCUGGCGUCUGCCAGGGCAACAAGAACAAGCGGUGCGGUUGGCACAAGGGCAAGGCCCUUGGCGGCAGUUCAGUAAUAAACGCAAUGUUAAACGUGUUCGGCAAUGACAGAGACUACAACCAGUGGGAGGAGCAAGGCAACGAAGGCUGGGGCUACGAGAACAUGCUCCGGUACCUUCGGAAGGCAACCAAUUGUCCGCCAGAAUACAUAGCCGAGUUUGGUGACAGGCACUGCGGAACGAACGGCCCGAUGAGCAUUAGGAGUUACAACUACUCUGACACGAUCCAACAAGAGCUUUUCCUAGACGCAGCCCGGGAGAUGGGCGUGGGUGUGCUGGAGCCUGUAGUCAGCGACCGAUACAUUGGCCUGGGGAGAGCCUUCGGUACUAUGGACAAUGGGGAGCGAAUGAACGCCGCCAAAGCGUUUCUGUCUCCCAUCAGAAACAAGAAGAAUUUGUACGUGAUGAAGUCCACCAGAGCUGACAAAGUUCUGUUGAAGGACGACAAAGCAGUGGGCGUUCGUGUGACGUCAGAGGGCCUGGCUAUAGACAUAACCGCCUCGAAGGAAGUCAUCCUGUCAGCGGGUAGCAUCGGCAGUCCUCAGUUGCUGAUGCUUUCGGGAAUAGGGCCCAAGAAGCAUCUAGAAGACAUGGGGAUUCAGAUCGUGGCUGAUCUGCCGGUGGGCAAGAACCUCCAGGAUCACGUGCUCUGGCCGGGUAUUCUGAUUAGCUACGUGAACGAGACGACGGCCCCACCCUCGUCCUCAUUUGGUUUGGAUCUAGCCUACAAUUACUUGGUCCACAAAGCGGGGGAGCUGGCUGCGGUAUGCGUCAACCUAAUGGGAUUUGCUAAUCUGGAAGAUCUCGGCCUAGAUUCAGAGAAGCCAUACGCUGGGACUCUGAAGUAUCCGGACAUUCAGUUUCACUUCGGUCACUUCCCAAGAUGGAUACCGCUGAAGAUAGCCAGCGUGUACGACAUGGUCAACGCGGAGGACGAGAUAGUGCAAGAGGUGACAAAGAUGAUCAUGGAGGGCGACAUUGUUCUGGCAGCCAGCACGCUGCUGCAACCGAAGAGCAGAGGGGUCCUCGAGCUGCGCAGCACCGACCCAGCGGACUCCAUGAAGAUCUACGCGAACUACCUCGCUGAGAGGGAAGACUUGGAAAUCUUGUUGAAGUCAGUGGACUUUAUCAAGGCUCUGACGCAGACCCCCACAUUGAAGAAGUACAACAUGACGUUGAGACAUUUCAAUCUGCCCGGGUGCAGGGACAAGCUGCCCGAUUCUCGGGAAUACUGGGAGUGCAACAUCAGGCAACUAGCUUCUAGCGUCUACCAUCAUGUUGGCACUGCCAAGAUGGGAACGAAGGACGAUCCCACCGCCGUGGUAGAUUCUAGGCUGAGGGUGCACGGCGUGCAGGGGCUGAGAGUGAUCGACGCGUCGAUCAUGCCGAACAUAGUCAGUGGGAACACAAAUUCGCCGACUAUGGCGAUCGCGGAGAAGGGCGCCGAUAUGAUGAAAGAGGAUUGGGUGAAGAAUUAUCACAAUGAGCUGUGACAUGCCGGUCACAUCACUGCACGGUUAAAUUUACAUGGAGAGAAUUGACUUUACAAGGACUAGCUCGAGUACUGACUCGACGAAAUAAGAGAAUAAGAGAACAUGGUAUCCUCUGAAAAUAUUCGAAUCAAAUGAAGUGAGGAAUUCUUGAGAUCGUUAAGGUUCCUUAGGGACUCUAUCCUUAGCAAAUGUGACCUCGACGGUUUUCUUAACGAGCUGUGAAAGAUAAACACGGGCCAAUGAGAGAGCGUGUAGGCUUGGCGGUCCGCUUUCACGAUAGCGAGUGUGACGUGGGAUUGAUUUUAUCGGAACGCACUAGCUGUAUUCGCAUUUUGAUUAGCCAGUGUUUUUCGUUGAUAACUCGUUAACAAAGCAGCGUGGGACGUUUUUGCUAGAGAAAAUGUGUCUUCAAAUGACCUCAAGAAUUACUCGUAUUAUUUAAUUCGAAUGAGAAUGAAAAUUGAAGAAAAUGUUUAAUGAGGCAAGAAUGUUUGCAUAAUUUCCUUCUAUGGUCACGUCCAUUUUAUCAUUAUUAUUAUUAUUAUUAUUGUUACUGUUGUUAUCAUUAUAUUUAUUAUCAUUAUUAUUAUUAUUAUUAUUAUCAGAUCUUAUUUUAAACUGCGUCAUUCAACACCGAUGGUUCCUGAUAAUACAACCUACAUAUAUUAUAAUAAAAAUCGCUGAGAAGAUCUGAAAAAAUAUAUGCUUGUAUAUACUCCACAAACCUAGUGUUAUCCAUACCAAUAAAACAUAAACGCACAUUUAAAAAAAA